ACCAGGUCCCCCCGGACGCAGAGGACCCUCUGCGAGCCGUUCUCUUCUGGCCGACUCUUCGUAUACAAAAAAACCUCCUCGGGCCGCCAGACGCGACAGCCAUGCACGCCGCGCUGCUCGCCGCCACCCUCGCCCUCGCGAUCGCCCCUGCGGCGGCGUCAGCCCCACAGCAGGCCUCACCCGCUGAGGGCCCACCAGUGCUCAGCGACGCGCUCGAUCUCUUCCAGCUGUCGGUCAACGCCAGCGUCUUCGCUGGGAGGUCGGCCGCAGCAGCCGCGGGUCGGGCCCGGCACUUGGAGGCCGCGCUGGAGCCCCUGCUGGCGGCGGUGCCGCGCAACGCCCAGGGCCGGGUCGACGCGCCCGCCGUGCGCUACGUGCUCCACCGCCUCUUCCACGGGCAGCGCGGCUGGCGCGUGGAGGGCCUCGACCCGGAGGGGCGCGCCUGGAACAGCUCCGGCCUCGCCGGCAUCACCGUCCUGCGGCGCCUGCCCGCGGGGUCCCUGGCCCUGGUGCUGGGGCGCUGGGAGGAGAGAGGCCUCGACGCCGACGAGGUGGCGCUCCUCGCCUCCACCAUCGAGGGCCUCGUCCACGGCGAGGCCGCCGAGCGCCUCCGCGCCGUCUACCAGCUCCGCGGCCUUCCCACCGACGCCCCCGUGGACGAGCAGCGCGUCGCGGCCGCGGUGGACUUCUGCCUCGCCAGCUACGUCAUCGGCCGCAAGGUGAGUGCGAUCACGGAGAAGGAUCUGCUGACCCAGUACUCUCGCCUGGGCGAGCUCUUCCCAGCCUGGAAUGCGACGCGGGAUUGG